GAAAGGACACGCAUCAACUCAAACUCUUUUUCAAGAGUCAGAUUAAAUCAUUUUCUUGUUGGUUGAAACAAAAGUGGUUGAGAAUUAAUUCAUUGAAACAUUUCUGCAAAAAAGUUCGAUGCAUCAAAGGUCAAUGUAGUACAAUACUCAAUCUCAAUCCUCAAUAAACACGAAAAGGAAAUCAAUGAAUUAUGAUGCAUCUAAACUGACACUUUCUGUCAUAGCAAUUGAAAACAAAAACUUUUUUGAGCAGUAUUAGCUCAUUGAUCGAUAUAUCAUGACAUAAUAUAAGUAAAUACACAACCAUUUUGGCUUCUCCUCCACUUUAAUCCAUCAUGGGUUUCAUGGGUAAAAUUCUCCUCCACAUUCAGCUGCAGCACAAUAGCAAAUUUUUCUCCCUUUUUCUUCUAUUUCUUUUUCUGCCAUCUCUUUUGUUGCUAAGAGCAAAAGGUCAACCUAUGUACGAUAAUACUGUUGCUCCGAGAAAUUCUGUCUCCGCCAUUUUUGUUUUCGGAGAUUCCACUUCUGAUACUGGAAAUAACAACUAUGUAAGUACUACUUUUAAGAGCAAUUUCCCGCCUUAUGGAAGAGACUUUUUCAACCAUAUUCCGACCGGAAGGUUUACUAAUGGAAGACUUGCUAGCGAUUUCAUUGCUAAGUAUGUUGGCAUCAAAGAAUUUGUCCCUCCUUAUUUGGAUCCAAGUAUCAGAAAUGAGGAUUUGAUAACCGGUGUUAGUUUUGCAUCUGCGGGAUCCGGUUUCGACCCGCUUACACCAACACUAAGCAAUGUGAUAUCGCUAUCGAAACAGUUGGAGUACUUCAAAGUGUAUCAAACAAAAGUGGCAGCAUUAAUUGGGGAAGAUCAAACUCAAGCUUUGAUAAGAAACUCACUCUUCCUCGUUAGUGCUGGCACAAAUGAUUUUGUCGUGAAUUAUUUCGCAGUUCCAAUUCGACGCGAUAACUACACCAUCGCAGCUUACAUCGACUUUUGCUUAGGAUACGUCGAUCAAUUCAUGCAGGGUUUGUGGGAUCUUGGGGCGAGACGUAUCGGAGUUGUUGGGCUACCUCCCAUGGGUUGUUUGCCAAUUGUUAUGACCCUAUACUCCGGUAGCGUUAUCGGAAAACGUAAUUGCCUGAAUAGUUACUCCGAUAUCGCUCGGAAUUACAACCAGAAACUCCAAAACCAACUGGGUAACAUGCAAACUAGAUUUGCUGAUAAUGGUUCACGAAUCGCCUAUCUGGAUGCGUACAGUCCUUUAGAAGCCAUGAUGUCCCACGCCCAAGAUUAUGGUUUCGACGAAGUUAGCAGUGGAUGUUGUGGAACAGGAUAUCUGGAAGCGUCCUAUUUGUGCAAUCCGAGGUCAUACAUUUGUCCGGACGCAUCCAAGUACGUUUUCUGGGACUCGAUUCACCCCACCGAGAAAACUUACUACCUCCUCUCUCAAAAUGUUCGACCAGUAAUCGAUUCCCUUGUCCAGGAUUAAUUAUUCUGUUCUUAUGUAUUAAUAUACUUUUUUUUUCGUAAUAAGAAUCUUAUAUACUCCAUUUGUCUAAAAAAAAUAAAAUUUAGUUCACGUUAAAUUUUUAGUUUUGUACUGUUUUUAGUACGAUUUUGAAAAUUCAACGUGGACUAUUUUUUUGGGCAGAGAUUGUAUUAUUAUCUUAGUUAAAUAGCAAAAAUAUUAUUUUGGAACGAACCUUAAUAUAUAUGUAGUACUUUUAGCUUGAGUACUCCAACUUGAAUUUUAUCCUUUUAUUGCAGCCAAAAUCAUUUAGUUCCCCAGUCAAAGUGUGCUGUAAAUAUCAAAUAAUCAAAAUACUAUAUGAGUUAUAGUAUCAUUGGUGUUAUUUUUUUUUUCUUUUAGUAGUGAUUUAUUGGUAACGGGUGGGCAUUUUGGACGACAAAGAGUUACUGUACUGAUAAAUAAUGUGACUUUAAAAUAAAAUUUUCCCCCUCACUUUAGAUGUUUACUAGUUUUUUACCUGUCGCGCGUUGCGCAACCAGUGUGUAUGUGAAUUCUUUUACUUUGUUAUUUUUUAUGAAUUUUUUAAUUCUUCAUUUGGUUAAAGUUUUCAUUAUAAUUGCAACUUCCCGGUAAAACGAUAUAAUUAAACAAAUAAUUAAAAUAUAAAGUUGACACUGUGUAUUUUCCCCUUUAAAUGAUCUAAUAUAAAAUUGUAGUACAUUAAGUAAUUGUUAUAUUGGGGAAUUGAAUAACAACCUAUUGGUUAUGAUGUUAUUUUUCUUGGUCCUAGACCGGAUUCAAUUUACAUCAAGGAGUUUUUGUGAGGGGGAAUUUUACCUACAUUUAAGUGGGAUUCACUGCGGUAGGUUUUUUCUUUUUUUUUUUAUUAAAAAAAGAAGUAAUUGUUAUAUUGAUUUUUAAAGAGUGAACUUUGAUGCUAAAUAAAGGAAUGUAAAAGUCACCACAAAAAAAUUAUGUCAUGGUGAGGUUGUUUUUACAUAGUUUGGCUAGCAUAUCAUGUAUGUAACCCGACAUAUAGUAUAUAUCAAUACAAUUUAUUGGGUUAAAAAAAAAAAAAAAGAAAAUGGAGAAGGAGAAAGAAAGCUCUAAUCAGACAAGAAACCUUUAUGCAAUAGCAAGAAGAUGAUCUAACUUAUCUUUUUUUUAAAAAAAAAAUUAGUAUGAAUUCUCCUUGCCUAAAACAUCUCACGAGAACUAUCAACCGUUAAUAUUUUAUUUGAGCUAAUAUUUUAUUUUUAUGUGAAAUAUUAGUUUUAUUUAAUGUUUUUAAUCUUUAUGUUAGGAAGAAUAAAAUAAAUCAGAAAAAUAGUGUCUUUAUUGCUAAACUAUAUUAUUAAAAAAUUAACAUACUUAUAUAAAUAUUUCCCCCGUUGUUUCUAUUUCUACUGCGGUUUCUUAUGGCCACCUCCACAAGGAGAGAUUGUUGUUCGUGAAGGAGAGCCUCUUUCUGGUCUUCAAGAGCUCGAAUGUGGUCCCAUAUUCUUUGCACCACUCUUCAUACGACCUCAGGAUCGAGAGCUGGUGGAUGCUCGCAAAACAGACCAAGCGAAAGCUGUUGUUGGAGCUUUUCGGUUUCCGUGGUUUGUAUUUCUUGUUGAAUUUCAGCAAGUCUUCCAACGUUAUCCAUGCAUAGUGAAGCCAAAUUCAAUCAAGGCAAUGCAACCUUAAUUUAGAAAGAACAAUGAUAGGUCCAUGUUAGGGAUGAUCUAGAUAAACCAAAGCGUAUCUUAUCUAUAUGUAAGUAAAUAACCUCACUGAUAAUUCAAAUGACAAUGAGAAAACAAAUGAAAACUUAGGAGUCAUGUAAUAAAGCACAAUAAAUAUUAGCCAUGAAGAAGGAUCAAAACUCUCUUUUAUCAAAGUAGUACCCAAAUCCCAAAUCAUUAUUGAUUCAGCAAAAAGCCUCAGAUAUUUCAGUAAAGAAACUAAGUUCAGUAGCAUUAUCACUCCACCACUUGCUUUCUACAGAACUUCCAUCAUGGUCAAAUGACAUGACUAUAUCUUCUUCAAGUUAAUAUAGCAA